UUUCCUUUUUCAUUUAUUAUUAUUAUUAGUCGUCUUUACAAAAGGUUUUCAGACAAAGAACCUCAAAUCAUGAAAAAAGAUACGAAGAUACAGAAAAAACUCACGGAAAGAGGAGAUAUAGACAAUGAGAGAGGAAGAAGCUGAUGAUGAUGCAUCAACAGUGUCCAGUGGAAGAGACGAAGAACAAGAGGCAUGGAACCUCAGGAACCAAACCCUAAUCCUCCAACUUUCAGAAAGCCUUAUCAACGGUGAUCUCCAAACCCAAAUUCAAGCUGCCAAAGAUAUCAGAAAGCUCGUCAGAAAAUCUUCCGCUAAGACUCGCUCCAAAUUCGCCGCCGCAGGUGUCAUUCAGCCUCUCGUUUUCAUGCUUCUCUCUUCUAACUUCGACGCCCGUCAGGCCUCUCUUCUCGCUCUCCUCAAUCUCGCCGUCAGAAAUCAACGAAACAAGGUCCAGAUAGUAACUGCUGGUGCCAUUCCCCCACUUGUGCAACUGCUUAAGUUCCAGAAUGGUAGUUUAAGGGAAUUAGCAGCUGCUGCAAUUUUAACACUAUCAGCUGCUGAACCUAACAAGCCAAUCAUUGCAGCUUCAGGAGCUGCACCUCUUCUGGUUCAGAUUCUAAACUCUGGCAGCGUUCAAGGGAAAGUUGAUGCUGUGACAGCUCUACACAACCUCUUAUCCUGCACUGAGAAUUCUCAUCCGAUUGCGGAUGCUAAAGCAGUUUCCCCUCUGAUUAAACUCCUUAAAGAUUGCAAGAAAUAUUCAAAGUUUGCUGAGAAAGCAACUGCUCUACUUGAACUUGUUUCCAACUCUGAAGAAGGGCAAAUUGCAAUCUCAGAUACAGAUGGUGGGAUUUUAACUCUAGUGGAGAUAGUUGAAGAUGGAUCACUUGUUAGCAUGGAACACGCCGUUGGAGCUUUACUCUCUUUGUGCCAGAGCAACCGAGACAAAUACAGAGAACUCAUUCUUAACGAAGGGGCAAUUCCAGGGCUUCUGCGACUAACUGUAGAAGGAACCUCUGAAGCUCAAGAAAAAGCUCGAAUGCUCCUAGACUUGCUUAGAGAUACCCCAGAGAAAAAGAAAUUAGCCUCCUCAGUAUUGGAGAGAAUUGUUUAUGACAUUGCUGCACAAGUUGAUGGCUCUGAUAAAGCAGCUGAAACUGCCAAGAGACUGCUACAGGACAUGGUUCAAAGAAGUAUGCAGCUCAGCCUUGACCGGAUCCAGCGUAGCGCCACAUCUUUUACACCACCCGAGAUUUCAUCCACAUGACAGGUACUGUUUGACUUGAAGAGAAAGUUUAUGAGUAACCCGGGUUAGAGUUUUAAUCUGAAUCCUUGUUUUGUUUGGCCAGUUAAAACUCUUGUACCCAUUUCUGAGUCAUUCUCAACCAAGAUGAAUGAACAAACUAAUAUACUGAGUGGAUUUUACUAGAGUUGUGACCACAUCGGUGUGUUGUACAUUCCUCAUGAUCAUGUAUAUAUAUGAAAAAUGAAGACUUUUUAACUUGGAAAAUUAGAAAAUUACAAUUAGUUAAGUAUUUGUUUU